AUGCCAUUUCCCAGUAUAAACAGCAUCUUCCAAUAUAGACAGCAUUUCCCAAAUGCCAUCUCCCAGUUCAUGACGGUUAUCAAGGAGAUACAAAUGACUAUCUACUCUUGUCAUCAAAUGACCGGGGUUAGUAACCGUGAUGUGCUCAGAGGAGGUCAUAAAGAAACGGUUUAUCGUACUAUUUCCAUGGCUCCCACGUGUGCAAAUUCAGCUAAUGGGCUAGAUAACGUACGACGUGCCGGUUCCCACCACGUUGUACGUAAAAAAGAAAGGCAUGACUAUUGUACUUGUUCUCUUCCUCAAUUAAGAAUUACUACGACCUACUCGCUUCUGACGAGUCUUCCACGGAUACUUCUUAGACUCAUCGAUCACGACCCACAAAGAAUUCAACGCCCCCCGAAAUCAAUACCCCUUUCGCGCAUCUAUUUUGUGAAAGAACCACAAAAAGAAUGAGUUGCAAAAUAUAUCUGUAAUCGUGUUCUUUGUUCCGCAGCUAAGUAUAACGAACAAUGAAUAUGAAACAUAGCAAAAGAAAAUGCGCAC